AUGUCUCGCUCUUCAGUAUCAUCCCUAGAGAAUGAAAAGGAUGGAGCUUUACCUCAAUCCCAACACAAUGAGUCGGAUGUCACAACAGAUUCCGGGCGCCUCCACGCCCUCGAGCAGCUAGAGAUCCUCCCCCAAAUCCUACAAGAAGGAAUUCUAUUCGCAGGCUCCGGUGCAGCACUCCUCCUCCAAGCAGCAAUGCCCGAAAUCCGCGAAGAGGAAAGCAACAACGAAAGCCCCCAAGAUCUCGCCACCGAGCUCCUCGACGCCCUCCAAGCACAUCUCAGCUAUACUUCAACCUUAGUCUUCGGCACUCGCGCCGAACGCAAAACCCUCCUGGAGAUGUUACACCGCGGUGAAGCCCCGGGUCUAGGCGGCGGGCAUAAUAACCGAUUUGCGCACCACCCUCCCCUUCAGCUUUGGAUGGCCGCAACGUUGUACGCAACUGCAACGGAUUUCUAUCAGCGUGUCUACGGCCGUAUUGAUUAUCAAACCGCUCAGCAGGGAUACGCUGAGUUUACCAUGCUAAUGAACUGCCUCGGUAUUCCCCCAGGUACAUGGCCUGAGACCCGACAGAAGUUCUGGUCUUACUGGGAUGAUCAAGUGAGCAAAUUGGUUGUCUCGGCCGAUGCGGCGCGCUUUGCGAAGGAUCUUCGGGAGAGUACCGAUAUGCCGAAGUGGGUGCAGCGGAUUAAACCUUUUCUUCGUGUUGUUACUAUUGAGAUGUUGCCACCAAAGCUGCGUGAGGCUUAUGGGUUAAGGUCGACUAAGGCUACCCGUGCUUUGUAUCGUACUUGGAUGGGAUUUUCGACGGCUGUGUAUCCUGCCAUGCCGAGUAAAUUGCGUGCAUAUCCGUUGCGUUAUUAUCAGGAUCGUCUUCGGGGCAAGUUGAAAGUUGCUUGA